AUGUCAGGCUGCAGUAACCGGCCGAUACUGGCUGAAGCUCAGGAGUUUGUGUCUCAGGCUCCCGGGAGCCACAACUCUCUCCCCGGCCACUGGCCUUGGCUCGUCAGCAUCCAGAUCGCAGCCAAGGACGGCACAUACGGCCACAUCUGUGGCGGCUCCAUCAUCAAUGAAAACUGGGUGCUGACAGCAGCUCACUGCUUCAAGGCAAAGGUGGCCAACAAUCUAGCCAAGAUCAUGCUGGUGUUUGGCCUGGAACAGCUCUCAAAGUUCAGCCCCAACACAUAUGCCAGACCCGUCAAAGAGAUCAUCAAACACGAGAACUACAAUCCAGACACGGAGUCCAAUGACAUCGCCCUGAUCAAGGUCAGCGAGCCCGUCAUCUUCACCAACUACGUGCAGCCCGUCUGUCUGCAGUACGAGAAGCUGGACAUCGCUGAGCUCAAACCCUGUGUGGCUGUGGGCUGGGGACUGAUCGAGGGCAGAGGGAAGAGGAUUGAUGUCUUACAGGAGGAGGAGGUGAACAUUAUCCCCACUGUGAUCUGUAACCAGGGUGACUGGUAUAAUGGCUCCCUGAAUGAUAGGGUGCUGUGUGCGGGCUUCGAGUGGGGCGGAGUGGAUCGCUGUGAGACAGACAGUGGGGGGCCGCUGGUGUGUAAGGUGCUCGGUGCUGGACGAUUUUACCAGAUUGGGGUGACCAGCUGGGGACUGGGCUGCAGCCGCAUCAAACACCCAGGGAUCUACACGUCCGUCCGCAAGUACACCGAGUGGAUCGAGUGGAAGGUCUCGCGUCUGGGAGAGGCUCAGAUGCUGGACCUGGUGCGUCUGGUCCCCUCGGCACCGGCACUGCCCGCGGCCACACAUUUACCCACCAUUGUCCUUUCUGCCAUCAGCCUGGCAGCCACCCUGCUGUGACCCCCCCUCCCCCACCACCGCUCCUUAACCCCCUGCACCUCACCCCACAUCUCCUCCCAGCUCACCACGCCCCCCCGGGGCUGUGACCACAGUCCACUCCGCUCCCCACUCCCCCCACCUUCACCCACACAAUUCACAAAGAGAUUAAAUAAAAGAAAUAAAAUAAUAAAUAUUAAACUCACAGACAGCGUCUGGCUAUUAAUAUCUGACGUUUUCUCUCUGGUCAUUACUCCAUGUCACUGUCCCAGGACAGUCUGUACCAAGUCUCUCACUGUCCAGGAUUAAGCCGCUCUCUGCUGUUUUGUUUGAGAGGAUGGGAGGGACAGAAGGUCAGACAGACACACACAG